CCUAACAGGUAUUACAGCACUCUCCUGCAAAGCUUAAUGGAGUGCGACGAGGACACCGUGGCGACUGUGCGCGCCGGCCUGAUGUCCCGCCUCGGCCCCGACAUGUACAUCCUCUUCCAGCUGCUGCAGACCAAGUCCUGCCCCUCCGACGUGUCCGCCGGCGGCCACGCAGGCAUGGAAGGGCGUGGAGGCUACCGCUGGGCCAUGGCCCCCAUGUUCAAGAUCCAGCCCAGCCUGCGCACCCGCGACCCCACUCACCUGUUCGCCAAGAAGCUCUCCAUCGAGGAGAGUCCCUAACUCUGAGGAAGGCUUUGUGAUGGCAUAGGCCUCCAUAAGAUGCAUACAUACAUGAGGUCACCUCCACACACACACACACACACACAAACAUACACACACACAUUCUCAGAAUGCAGUUUCUCACUUUUGUCAUUAUGCACACUUCUGCUGCAGUCUUCCCAUUUACAAAAACAAUCAAGUAAUGUAUUAAUGCAGCCUUCAAGCACAGAUGAACAAGAUUACUAUCUCAAAUAUAGCAUCUAAAUCUGCAGAACAUCUGAAGAAUAUAGUAAUGUGAAGCUACAUCAACAUAGAGCACUUUACUGCAUUAAGUGGAUGCAUUCAUUUGUGUUUGAUUCCCCCACAGUAAGCCAUUACUGUUGGAUUUACACUGCACACUGCCCCCACCUACCCACACACACACUACACACACACACACAGUCACUGCUACACUCCCCUCCCGCCCACACACACAUCUUCAUCACUCACAUACAUCAU